AUGCAAAAUGGCAGUUCUAGUAGAAGGGCUUCCCUGGCUGCAGAUGCUAAAGGUAAAGGCAAUAAGGCAAAAGGUAAAGAAAAAGGUGGUAAACCUACACAAGAAACAGAGCCAGCUGACAGUCCUGACUUUAUAAACCCAUUGUUAGAAGGUGCUGAUUAUAUAGAUGGUCAACUGUGGGUAGCUGGUAACAGGGUUCUCAUUAACCUCAAUCUCUCACGGAAUGAGAUAGGCGAGACAGGCCUUGAGGCUCUACUGAAGGCCAUGCAAUAUCAAACAACAUUGUGUAUGGAAAACAAAAGUAGCGGAACUGGGCUUAUGAGAUUAUUAGUCGGGAAGAACAAGGUACGAUCCAGCCAUGAGUUACUUCAGAAGAUAACAGAUAUCAUGUUACCUAAAGAUCCUUUCUAUAAACCACCACCACAGACCCCGGAUGUUACUGAGGCUUAAAUACAAAUACAGAUCUACUUUAAUAUAGUUACAGCUUCUUAAUUGAAUGAUUUGGAACAAAUUCUUUGACUGGAUUUCUAGGAAAAGCUCUUAUUGGAUUCCUUGGAAAUAUUUUUGAAUUAGAUUCCUUGGAAAAACUUUUACUGAAUUACUUGGAAAAAUUGGAUUCCUUGGAAAAGAACUUUGAUUGAAUUCCUUGGAAAUAUUCUUUAAUAUUCUUUAAUUGGGUUCCUUGGAAAAAAUCUUUAUUCAGAUUCCUUGGAAAAUACUAUGUUUGAUUCCUUGGAAAAAUUCUUUUAUUUGGAUUCCUUGGAAAAAUUCUUUAUUUGGAUUCCUUGGAAAAAUUAUUUUAUUGGAUUCCUUGAAAUAAUUCUUUUCCUGGAUUGGGAAAAUUAUUUUAUUGGAUUUCAUGGAAAAAUUCUUUAAUUGGAUUACUUGGAAAAAUAUUUUGACUGGAUUCCGUAGAAAAAUUCUUUAAUUUAAUUCUAUGGAAAAAUCUUUGGAAAAUUCUCUGUUGUCAUAAUUCUUGGAAAAUUUUGAAAGCUUUUUAUAAUGAUGAUUAAAAAAAAAAGAUAGUGAAUGAACUGGGAAAUGAAACAGCUAUCUUCUGAUAUUGUUAAAUGUGCCUAUGAAUGUGAUAACAAAAACUGUGAUUUUUAGGUAUAAUAACAGUGCAGAAUUUUGUCAUAAUUUGUUCUAUGCUGAAUUUAAGGUCAACAUUAAAACAUAUUACUUAUAUCAAAUAUAAAUGUGUUAAACAAAGUUAUAAUAAAAUGUGCUCAAUAUUAAAUGCAAAUGCCUAUAGCUAUAACUUAAGUGGCUUUUAAAUUAUUUUAAAAAUUUAAACAACAUUAACACAUAUAAUAUUAUAUAAAGCGGCUAGCCUAACAUUGUUGAACUGUGUGAAAUUUGAAUGGAAAAGCGUAGAUCUUAUAAAGGUUACUUUCUACUAAAUGUUAGAUAAUAAUUCUAGGAUAAUAAGUCUGAAACUUAUUGAAAUAAUGUUGUCCUUUA